AUGGGCCGCGUUCGCACCAAAACCACCAAGAGGGCCUCCCGUGUCCUGAUCGAGAAAUACUACCCCCGCCUGACCCUCGAUUUCCACACGAACAAGCGUAUCAUCGAUGAAGUCGCCGUCGUCCCCUCCAAGCGCCUGCGCAACAAAAUCUCCGGCUUCACCACCCAUUUGAUGAAGCGUAUCCAACGUGGUCCCGUCCGCGGCAUUUCAUUCAAGCUGCAGGAAGAGGAGCGUGAACGCAAGGACAACUACGUCCCCGAAGUCUCUGCCCUCGACACAUCAGCAGCACCUCUGGAGAUCGAUCCCGACACCAAGGCUCUCCUUGACUCCCUUAACUUCGACUCCAUCCCCGUUUCUGUUGUCCCGCACGUCCUCGCCGUCCCAGAGCGUGGACCCCGCCGUGACCGCAAGACUGUUCCUGGUGCCGGACGGUGA